UGGUGGAGAUCUGGCGAUAUGGGUGUUAGAUCUACCCUCCGGCGAUCUUUGACUGCGGUGAGAGUACUAUAUGCAGGCGCCAGGCGCCGGUGAAGCCAGUCGCAUCCCCGACUCUGUGCAGACUGCACGCGUCCUCCGCUGAGAGCACCAACCCGACACCAUGUGUGGCAUCUUUGCGUACCUGAACCACCUGACGCCGAAGAGCCGGCGCGAGGUGCUGGAGAUCCUGAUCCAGGGCCUCCAACGUCUCGAGUACCGGGGAUAUGACUCUGCCGGUGUGGGGGUGGACGGCAAGGAUGGCAGCAUUGCCGUCUUCAAGGAGAAGGGCAAGGUGAAGGUGCUGGAAGACGCUAUCUUCUCCGGAUCCAACGACCUGGACAUGGACGAGAUCCUGAGCACCCACAUCGGUAUAUCUCACACGCGCUGGGCGACCCACGGCGUGCCCGCCCCGGUCAACGCCCACCCGCAGCGCUCGGACGAAGACCAGCAGUUCAUCUGCGUGCAUAACGGAAUCAUCACCAACUACAAGGAUAUCAAACAGUUCCUAGUGGCGAAGGGCCACCGUUUCGAGUCGGAGACCGACACGGAGAUCAUCGCCAAGCUGACUCUGCACAUCUACAACGACCACCCGAAUCACACCUUCCAGCAGAUCGUCGAGAUGGUCAUCCAGCAGCUGGAGGGCGCGUUCGCACUGUGCUUCAAGUCCAAGCACUUCCCAAACCAGUGCGUGGCAGCUCGGCGGGGCUCUCCCCUGUUGGUGGCCAUCAAGACCAAGGAGCACCUGGCCACCGACCACAUCCCCAUCAUGUACAGCAAAGGCUCUGGCGAACCGGUAGAGAAGCUCUCGCUGGCGGCCAUCGGGCUGUCUGGCCGAGACGACUGUCCAGGCGACGAUACCAAGGCACGGAAGAUCAGCCCCACAGACAUGCGCCAGCCGCCACGAAACGUGCCGCUCAUCCCUCGCUCCGAGUCGACGGCCGAGUUCCUGCCGACCGGCGACACGCAGGAGAUAGAGUUCUUCCUCGCCUCUGACGCCUCGGCUGUCAUCGAGCACACCAACCGCGUCAUCUACCUCGAGGACGACGACGUGGCCUGGAUCAGGGACGGCAUGCUCACCAUCCAUCGGCUGAAGCGGGCCUCUAUGGACGAGAGCAGCACCCGUGAGGUGCACACGCUCAUGAUGGAGAUCCAGGAGAUCAUGAAGGGAAGCUACAGCUCGUUCAUGCAGAAGGAGAUCUUCGAGCAGCCCGAGUCGGUCGUCAACACGAUGAGGGGCCGCAUCAACUUCGACACCGAAACUGUCGUGCUCGGCGGGAUCAAGGAGUUCCUGCCCGAGAUUAAGCGGUGCCGGCGGCUGAUCCUGAUCGCGUGCGGCACCAGCUUCCACUCCGCCAUCGCCACGCGCCAGCUGCUGGAGGAGCUGACCGAGCUGCCGGUGAUGAUCGACCUGGCCUCAGACUUCCUCGACCGCAACACGCCCAUCUUCCGCGACGACGUCUGCUUCUUCAUCUCUCAGUCGGGCGAGACGGCCGACACGCUGAUGGCGCUGCGCUACUGCAAGACGCGCGGCGCGCUGAUCGUCGGCAUCACCAACACAGUCGGCUCGUCCAUCUGCCGCGAGUCUCACUGCGGCGUGCACAUCAACGCCGGCCCUGAGAUCGGCGUCGCCUCCACCAAGGCUUACACGUCGCAGUUCAUCUCGCUCGUCAUGUUCGCGCUGGUUGUGUCCGAGGACCGGCUGUCGAUGCGGCCCCGGCGCACCGAGAUUAUUCGGGGCUUGAAGCAGCUGCCCGAGCUGAUCAAGGAGGUUCUGAAGCUGGAUAGCCGGAUCGAGGAGAUCGCCAAGGGCCUGUACCAGAACAAGUCUAUGCUGGUGAUGGGUCGCGGAUACAACUAUGCCACCUGCCUUGAGGGCGCGCUGAAAGUGAAGGAGAUCACGUACAUGCACUCUGAGGGGAUCCUGGCUGGUGAGCUGAAGCACGGUCCGCUGGCGUUGGUCGACCCCGGCAUGCCGAUCAUCCUCAUCUGCACCCGGGAUCCCACCUUCGUGAAAUGCAUGAACGCGCUGCAGCAGGUGACUGCCCGUGAGGGGCGGCCCAUUAUCAUCUGCAACAACGGUGACCCCGAGCCGGCCCGAUUCGCCAACGAGCUGCUGGAGAUCCCGCCCACCGUCGACUGCCUUCAGGGAAUCCUUACGGUCAUCCCACUGCAGCUGCUGUCGUACCACGUGGCUGUAAUGCGUGGAUGCAACGUCGAUUGCCCCCGCAACCUGGCCAAGUCUGUCACGGUCGAGUGACGCGCUCGCCCCGCCCCCUAGCGAGGAUUUAAUGCGUCGAAGGCCUCCGCCACGGACUUGCUGCCAGCUGGCUCAGUCGACGCUGCCCAGCGGCCGCGUACCUCACGAGAGGUUCGCGCCGUUGUCACCAGAUGGCCGUGCGUGCGGGCGUUCUAGUGGCGGUGGCGGUGCCACACUUCAGUGGGAUUGCAAAAGGAACUAUUUGCCGCCGUCGAUGUGGCGUUGGCUGGAUGCCAGAGAAUUGGUGAGGUUACAUGUCUGGAGUGGAGGACGUAUCAUGUGUGUGUGCGUGGGGUUUGCCCUCCCCGUGUUCGGGACAUGUUGACGCCGCUGCUGUGAUUAGGUAAUCGUCGUUGUAUUUUUGGUAGGUCAUCGGAUACGACGCCGUCUCGUUCGCUGAAACAAGUGCCUUAUUUCGUUGCAGUGAACGUUCGCUUGGUCACAGAACAUGAUUUUCAUUUUCGUUGUGUGAACGAGGCUGCGUUGCAUCUAUUGUAUAUUUUCUUGGUUCUGCUAUAAUUUCCGGUUUUUCGUCGGUUUAGUGUUGGUAUAUAUAGCUCCUAAUGUCUGCAGCAUGCGUGAAAGUAGACCGCAUCUUGUGUCCAUUUUGAGCGCAAGUGUGCAUUAUUGCUACCCUGAAGGUUUAUCCGUACAAAAUAACCCUGGGACAUCCUGUGUGUUCUCUGAGUCUUGUUCUCUAUCGCGAAUGCGUGCUUGUAAUUGACAUUCCAUUCAGCGGUGUCUGCCGCGUUGAUGGUUGCUAGAUGUCGAAUGUCUUUGCCACAUGUUGCUUUCGCGUGUACAUUUUUUCAGGCAUAUACAAUGGCUCUUGUCCACUC